UCAGGGCCCUGCCAGCCCCCUCCAACAAGGUUAUACCAGGGGGGUCGAACAUGAAUCUUGCUGGGGUGUGUGGCCAUUCCCCCGUGCUGGGGGCAGGGAUGGAGACCAAAACCGAGAGGCUUGUUGUGGGGGGAGACCUCUCUCGUGGGGCAAAGACCCAGGGGGGGCAGGAAGCUGGGGGAUUGCAAACCCACUCCGUGCCGGGGUGGAGACGAGGAGACUUUGGGCUGCGUGUCUGCUCGGCAUGGAAAUGAAUCCCACCAUUGCCAGCCGAGCUGGGGGCGCGCACAUGCGUCCUCCCCUGCCUUUGCUCGCCCCUCUUUUUGCGAGGUCUGGACAGCGCCCAGCAUAGCACGCGUGUCAGUCACCGCCUGCCUCACAUACCGGCGUGCUGACACACGUGUGCGUGUGGGCAGGAGGUGCCUCACGAGGUCGGGGCCGUGGGGCUCUUCCCCGCCCCGGCGGAUGAGCUCAGCACCCUGGCACGACGGGAGGAGCUGAGGCCACGUGGAGCCCCGGGCAGGGAAGCCAGGUCACCUACUUCCUCUGGCUGGCUGCUCCACAGACCCAGCCCCAUGGGGCACUCACCGUGUUACCAGCGGGGUGACCGUGGGGAGGUGAACAGCCCUUGGGCUUGGCUCUUCCUAAAAUCCUCUGGGGGAAGACCCCAGUUGUCCCCUUCCCCUGUAACAAGUUCAUCCCCAGCCCUCCUUUGUGGGGUCUGAGCGCUUAGGGAUGGGUAAGACCCUUUCCUGCUGGCAUUGCCCAUAAUGGCACUGGCGCCCCUCCAAAGGUCCCUGGAUGCUGGGCGACUUGUGGAACCCCAGGGCCAGCUUGGGGGAGGUUGCAUGUGAGCCUUUGGCCUCGCUGGGCCAAAUCUGGGCGCUGCGGAGCUGGCCCGGAUGGGCUGGGAUGCAGACCAGAGCCCCUGAGCGCCUCCCCACCCCCAGGUCCCAGCACUUCCUCCCCUGCCCGACCUGGAGCCGUCAGGCCAAGUCACUUCCUACCUGGGAAGGUGAGUCAGGCUGAGCGGAGCCUGGAGACAGGAAGCAGGGGAGAGGGAGCAGCCCAUGCUUCGCCUCGCGGGGCCCGGGGAGCUUUGCAGAGACAACGACGGCUGCCACGGGUCUGAGUGUGGUCUGAGUGGCACGGGGCUGCCGUGGCACAGGGCUCACACCUGGUGCUGGCGGGGUCCGAGAGGCCCGGUGGUGGAGCAAGGAGCCUGGUAAUCUGUGGCCAGCCCCGGCUCGUUCGAACCCAGGCAGGGAUGUGGGGGACGGUCGAUUAGCACCCAUGGCACGUCUGCGUUGAGUCCAGGGACUCAGCUGGGAGGAGGCAGUGCUGCCCAGUGGGUGCAGCAAGGCACGGCACCCCACGAGGGGGGAGAGGAGGCAGGGUUGCCCUGAUGAGACGAGACCACCUGAGGCAGGAUCUGACCGUGCAGACCCCCUGCCCAAACCAUCUCCCCCCAAGCCUGGCUGGGCUAGCAGGGGGCUGCGGGUCAGGCCUGGGGGGGUCCGUCCUGCUGGGCCAGGGGCAGGAACGGGGGAGCUGGGAGGGGUGCUGACUGGCUGUGGGUUGGGGUACCGCCGCGGGGGGGGCUGUGGGCCCGGACUUGGCCUGACAGCCCCCUUGCCCCGGCUGUUGAGAGGCACAGAGCCCUAUACAGUGCCCCCCACCCCCGUCGGACACGUACACACGUGUGCCCACACAUUCCUGUGCGCGCCUGGGGCUGAGCUAAUGGGCUGUGCUAAUUGUGCAAGGAAAGCGGUGGAGCGGGAGAAGCAGAGGCUGCGUCUGGGGGCUGGCAGAGCCCAAGGGACGCCGAGACCAUCCCAGGGGCACGAGGAGGGUCCUGGUAGCAAGGUCCAGACCAGGGAAGUGGGGCAAAAGGUUUGUUGCUGGGAGAAGGGAGCAUUUUACCUCCAUUUCCUUAAGCCCCCACAGCAGGCGCAAACAUUGGCAUCCCUGGGUUACAGGCGGGGAAACUGAGGCACAGGGUGAGCUCAUGAGACCACCCUGAGUGGCAGGAGUCCUGGGUUUCUUGCCUUAGGUGUCUUUGGCCCCCAGGUCUCAGUGGGCAUUCAAGCAGCCUGACCCGUCCUUCUUGCCCUCCAUGUGCCAGAGUCAGGUGUGCAUGGACCCGCCGGCCCCAGGAGACAUCGCAGCAUGCUGGGCACCAUCCUGCCCCGCUACUGGGGGCACGGGUGGCGCGGGGCAUUUCUCAGUGACUGCAGGGGCUGUGGCACCGGGUCAGGCUCGGGCGGAGGGCAGCUCCGAGACCCCAAACUCUUCGUCAUGGAGAGAUGGGCAUCACCGGGGCACAGCAGGAGAUGCUGGCACGGCUGCCUCCUCACGGUGACAAUCUGGCUGCUUAAUCUCUAAACUAACCCUGGCACCAAUUUAUUUAUUGAUUUCCCCCGCCCCGUGCAGCAUCUGCGUCAGUGACCAGAGCGCGUCUGCUACAGGGGGGCACCCAGCCCCCCAGAAACCCCUCCCCAGCACAAUCUGGGGUCUUACUGGGGGGGUCUGUGGACGGUGGCCAGCCCAGCCCUGCCUGGCCGUGAGUUUGGAAACGAGGGCUCCCUGUCCGUGUCCCCCACCACCCGCUACCAGGCAAAGGGAGGGCUGGCACCCGUAUGCCAGGUCGGCGCAGCCAUCUUCCCGGGGUUCCCUUCCCCCUCCUGCGUUUGGAUGGCGGAGAGGCCUGGGAGCCGGCGUGGGGAGGGGGAGCUGGCGCCGGGAGCAUGAGCAGUGCAGGGAUGCUUUCCCAGCCAGCCCAGGAUGCUGCUGGCUAGCCAGCAUCUCUCCUCCCCUUGCAGGCAGGGGCUGGGCACGGUGACGCUGCGGCCUGGUCUUGCACCUGCCUGGAGACGGGGCCGCUAGCUGCAGCCUCUGCGGCUCUCCACCCGCAUCCUGCCAGGGCAGGGGGAUCUCCGGGCCUGGCAUCGCUCUGGGUUGCAGGGGGAGGCCUCCCCGGAGAGGGAUGCUCCCGCAUCCCUGCAGGGAUCUGGCUGCCGGAGGGACAGCAAGCUGCUGAGGUAGGACCACAACGCCCGGGCCGGGGGAGCCGGCACCCUUGGGCCUGGGUCACCUUCACCGUUCCUUGCCUCCGGCACUGCAGCAACUUUCUGCCAUGUGACCGCGGAGCCUGGAUCCAUCCCUGCUCCAUCGCUGGCGCCGGCCCCGCAGCCAUGGGGGAGAAGUCGGACUACCAGCGCUUGGGCAGCGCCGAGGAGGACGACGAGGCCUUGAGCGCCCGCCCCGCCACCUUCCCGGAGGGCGCCGGGCGCAGGUCCCCGCGGCUGCUCAAUGGGAACUCUGGGCCUCCACAGCAGGAGAUGCCACUGGGCGGCCAGGCAGCGCCGGACCAGAGGAAGCUGAGCUGCAGCAUGCAGGCGGACGAGGGCACGGACUGGCUCCUGGAGCUGCUGACGGAGGUGCAGCUGCAGCAGUACUUCCUUCGCAUCCGGGACGACCUCAACGUCACCCGCCUCUCACACUUCGAGUAUGUCAAGAAUGAGGACCUGGAGAAGAUCGGCAUGGGGCGCCCGGGCCAACGACGGCUGUGGGAGGCUGUGAAGAGGAGGAAAGCCAUGUGCAAGCGCAAGUCGUGGAUGAGCAAGGUGUUCAGCGGGAAGCGCCCCGAGUCGGAGUUCCCCCCCCAGCCCCAAAGCACCUUCCGGAAGCCACCCACGCCGCCGCCACCCCCCGAGGGGACCAGCCAGCCCGCCCUGACCUGCCUCAUCAGCGAGCGGGACCUGACGCUGCUCGAGAAGCUGGGCGACGGCUCCUUCGGCGUGGUGCGGCGCGGCGAGUGGUCCACGCCCUCCGGCAAGACGCUCAGCGUGGCUGUGAAGUGCCUCAAGACAGACGUGCUGAGCCAGCCCGAGGCGCUGGACGACUUCAUCCGGGAGGUGAACGCCAUGCACUCCCUGGACCACCGCAACCUGAUCCGGCUCUACGGCGUCGUGCUCUCCCACCCCAUGAAGAUGGUGACAGAGCUGGCGCCGCUGGGCUCCCUGCUGGACCGGCUGCGGAAGAACCAGGGCCACUUCCUCAUCGCCACGCUGUGCCGCUACGCCGUGCAGAUCGCCAAGGGCAUGGCCUACCUGGAGUCCAAGCGCUUUAUCCACCGUGACCUGGCCGCCCGCAACAUCCUCCUGGCUGCCAAUGACUUGGUCAAGAUUGGCGACUUCGGACUCAUGCGGGCCCUGCCCAAGAACGACGACCACUACGUUAUGCAGGAGCACCGCAAGGUGCCCUUCGCCUGGUGUGCCCCCGAGAGCCUGAAGACACGUACCUUCUCGCACGCCAGUGAUACCUGGAUGUUUGGGGUGACCCUCUGGGAGAUGUUCACCUACGGGCAGGAGCCCUGGAUCGGCCUCAACGGCAGCCAGAUCCUGCACAAGAUUGACAAGGAGGGGGAGCGGCUGCUGCGGCCCGAGGACUGUCCCCAGGACAUCUACAACGUCAUGCUGCAGUGCUGGGCUCACAAGCCUGAGGACCGACCCACCUUCCUGGCCCUGCGUGACUUCCUGGUGGAGGCUCAGCCCACAGACAUGAGGGCACUUCAGGACUUCGAGGAACCCGACAAGCUGCACAUCCAGAUGAACGACGUCAUCACAGUCAUCGAGGGCAGGGCCGAGAAUUACUGGUGGCGGGGUCAGAAUAAGCGGACCCUAAACGUGGGGCAGUUCCCCCGAAACACGGUGACCUCGGUGGCCGGGCUGUCGGCCCACGACAUCAGCCAGCCGCUUAAAAACAGCUUCAUCCACACGGGGCAUGGAGACACCAACCCCCAGCACUGCUGGGGCUUCCCCGAUAAGAUUGAUGAGCUGUACCUGGGAAAUCCCAUGGACCCUCCAGACCUUCUAGGCGUGGACCUGAACGCGGCCAGACCCACCCAGCUCCCGGGAAGGGCUAAAAGGGAGCCGCCGCCUCGGCCGCCUCAGCCCACGAUCCUGCUUAAGAAGCCCUCGUACGACCCCGUCAGCGAGGACGAGGACGGCCUCUCUGCAGGGCUCAAGAGGCUGUGCCUGAAGAAGCCGGGCCCGCCGCGGGGGCUGCGACUAGUGAAGCCGUCGGCCCGUGUGCCGGGCACCAAGGUGGGUGAGCGCCAGGCCGCCCGGGCAAAGGGGGACACGGCACCGGGCAGCGAGGUGACGCUUAUCGACUUCGAGGAGGAGCUGCCCCCCCUGACGCCCUCACCCGGCAGGGAGCUGGGCGCCCCGUCCCUCGCCAGGCUGGCCAUGGAGGCCUUCUCGCUGCUGGACAAGACGCCCCCACAGAGCCCCGCGCGAGCGCUGCCCAGGCCGCUGCACCCCACACCAGUGGUAGACUGGGAUGCACGGCCCCUGCCGCCGCCUCCUGCCUACGACGACGUGGCUCAGGACGAGGACGACUUCGAGGUGUGCUCCAUCAACAGCACCGAGGCCCUGAGCGGGCCGCGAGCCGCCCAGUACGGGCUGGCAGGGCCUCCCGGUGCCUGGGAAAGAGGUGAAACCAACUAUGGCUUCGAGGGAGAGAAUACAGCGGUGGCUGCAGAGAGGGGCUCGCUGCUGCUGGAGGAUAACCUCUUCCUGCCCCGGAAGCCGGCCAAGCAGCCCAGCCCGUCGCAGACCACGGAGAUCUUCGAGGAGCUGCAGCAGGAGUGCAUGAAGCGUCUGCACGUGCCCCCGGCGCCCGGCUCUCUAGCCUCCACACCCAGCCCUGGUGAGGACAAGCCACAAGUGCCACCCCGCGUGCCCAUCCCGCCCCGGUUCCUGCGGCGCAACGAGCAUGGGCGCUGGUCGGGGGAGCUGUCCCGCCUGCCGACGGCAGGGUCCCCCCAGCCACGGGGCUGCACCCUCUCCACCUCUCCCGGGAAGCCCAUGCCCACCACGCAGAGCUUCGCCUUGGACCCCAAGUACGCCACCCCCAAGGUGAUCCAGGCGCAGGGCAAGGAGGGGCUGCGGGGGCCCUGCAUCCUGCCCAUCGUGAAGGAUGGCAAGAAGGUCAGCAGCACCCACUACUACCUGCUGCCCGAGCGCCCGUCCUACCUGGACAAGUUCGAAAAGUUCCUCAAGGUCGAGAGCCCCGAGGAGACCCCGGCUGCGGCCCCGGCUCUGGCUCCAGCUCCUGCCCGCGUGGUCACCACCGCCACCGUGCGGCCCAUGGUGCAGCAGCCGGACAGCCGGGCCAACUUCUCCUCCAACAACAGCAACCGCUGCACCGUGCGCACCUCCUGCAGCCUCCAGAAGAUCAUCUACGACGGGCCUGACACCUUUCGGCCCUCCGACAAGAUCCGCUUGGUCCAAGACACGGUGCACGGCGUGACGACCGAGGAGUGCCAGGCCGCCCUGCAGAGCCACGGCUGGAACGUCCAGCGUGCCAUCCAGUACCUGAAGGUGGAGCAGCUCUUCUGCCUGGGGUUGAAGUCCCGAGUGGAGUGCCACAAGGUCCUGGAGAUGUUCGACUGGAAUCUGGAGCAGGCCAGCUCCCACCUGCUGGACCCCUACAGCACUGCCAGGCAGAAGCGGUGACAGUGGCAUGGGGAAGCCAAGGAGCCUGAUGUGGAGCGGGCGCUGCCCGAGAUGCAGUCACGGGGUUGUCUGCACCCCACCCGCUGCGGGACCCGCUGCUGGACUCUGGAUGGAGCCCCUGCCGGCGUGGGAGAGGGCCCCGGGGCAGGGCAGAGCGGAGCGAGGGCCAGGGCCAGGACUGCCGAGGCGCCCUCUGGGCCCCGCUGAGCUAUGCCCUGAGCCCGUGGUGGAAUUGCUUUUGUAAAGAGAAAUGUAAUUUUAAUAUAUACAUCUCUAUAUCUAUAUAAAUAUUCUAUUGGA